GAAAACAAAGCCUAUCUAUCAUCAAAAGUGAUUGAUUUGUGUGCAUCUUUCAAAGCUCUUUUUCUCGCUUUAAAUUUCAUCUUGUUUAGAUUAUAUGGCAUCUCCGUAGAUUCGAUUUUCGUUAACCUCCACAAGAAAACAGAAAUUUCCGAUCUUUUUUUUUGUUUUUGUGGGUCUCAGCUUUCGAACCUCUGUUGAACCCUAGUUUUGAUUAGUGUGAGGAUAUUGUAAAUUUGUGGCUUUUCUCCUCUUUAUAUCUCACCCUUCUCUUCACUUUGGGGCUAUUCUGCUAAAACCUCAUAGGUAGAGUUGCAAAGUUUAAUCCUUUGCAGAAGAAAAUGUCUGUGGAGAGAUCGUUCGAAGCGUGGGAAGAGGUUCAGCGACAUGGACAAGACUUAGCUGACCGACUUGCUCAGGGCUUUACGGGUCUGAUUCAAAUCAAUCCACCUUCAUUUCCAUGGCCGAAUCAUCAGAAAUUGAAGCUCUUCGAUCUCGAGUUCCCCAGUCAGCAAUUCGGGAUUAGGGAUUCGAGGUUUUCCACCGUCCAACCCAUCAAUGGCGUCUCGGCUAUUCUCGAUUUCGGAAACAAAAUCGGUCAAGCUGGUGUUGAUUUCGGCGCUGGAUUGAACGUGAUGGUUGAGCAAUUCUUCAGGAGGUUGCCUAUGCCAUUUCGGCACGAGGAGCACGCGUCUGUUUCUAUGGAGAGAGAUAAGAUUACGAGGAGCCAUAUGGUUUAUGUGGACACAAAAGAUGACUCGAGGGUUUCUAAGACAGAUACUGUUUCCUCUGUUACUGUGCCAGAGGAGAAAGUUACGGAAUUCGAUUUAAGGACUGCUGGAUUACUUGCGAGACCAAAGGGAACGUUUGAGAUAUCGUCAAGUUACGAAAGUAGAACAAGUGGUACGGAACAUUCAUUAGCAGCUAGGGGAGAUCUUUGGAGAGUAGAAGCUUCUACUUCAAGUUCAACUGCAAGAGAUGAUAGUUCGUCUCUCUUUCUUCUCCAGCUUGGACCGCUGCUAUUUAUGCGCGAUUCAACUCUUCUUUUGCCUGUUCAUCUAUCAAAGCAACACUUGCUUUGGUAUGGAUAUGAUAGAAAGAAAGGUAUGCAUUCACUUUGUCCAGCUAUGUGGUCAAAGCAUCGAAGAUGGCUUAUGAUGUCAAUGCUCUGCCUCAAUCCUCUUGCCUGCUCGUUUCUAGAUUUGCAGUUCCCAAAUGGUCAAUUGACGUAUGUAUCUGGUGAAGGAUUGACGACAAGUGUGUUUGUUCCUUUAUGUGGUGGUCUUCUUCAAGCGCAAGGUCAAUAUCCAGGCGAUAUGAGGUUUAGUUUCUCUUGCAAGACAAAACAAGGAACAAGAAUCACACCAAUGGUAAAUUGGCCUGACAAAUCAUUGGGAAUAGGUGUUUCUCAAGCCUUGGCUUGGCGUAAGUCCGGUCUCAUGAUGAAACCUGCAAUUCAACUUAGUGUGAGCUCUACAUUUGGAGGAAGCAAUCCUGGGAUGAAAACUGAAGUUAUUCACUCGUUGAACGAUAACGUCAACAUGAUAUGUGGCUGCGCGCUAACCGCUUAUCCUUCAGCAUUUGCAUCUGUUUCCUUUGGCCGGUCCAAGUGGAAUGGGAACAUCGGACGAACCGGAAUAGUUGUUAGAGCUGAUACUCCUCUUGCAAGCGUUGCUCAACCUUCGUUCUCCAUCCAGCUCAACAAUGCUUUCGAGUUCUGAAAAUAGACUCCUUAAAAGACUGUUUUGUCCUCACGUUACUAAAGCUGUAUAUAGUCAAAAUCAAAACUCAGUAAUCCAACAAAAGAUUUCCACUUUAGCAAUGACAAACUGAAUCAAGAAAAUCUCUAAUGGCAAGUGAAUUAAGAAUUUGUACAAUCGACCAGCAAAA